GAGGUGGAGGAGGAGGAGGAGGAGGAAGAAGAAUCACAGGCACAGUGGACUGCCAGAAACAACAUGAAUCACUUACUGUUCCUCCAGCUUGUGAUGUGUCAUUAGUUCACGAAUCUCUGCCACUUGCUUGGGCUCUAGGGACUUCCAGGGCUGGGCUAGAGUCAGGAACAUGGGGAGGCACAAGUCCAGCUUGUGGGGAGGCUGCCAUGGGGUUGAACUGUGGGGACCAGGUCUGAGUAGGGGUUCUCCAAGGUUGGGAUGGGAUGUCAGUCCAAGCAUAGUCCCGGGCUCGCAUACCUGCUAAGGGCAAUGUCCUUGGUCAGUGUGGACAUCUCAAGCCUCCCAAGCCAGUCCUACAUGACCCAGCCUUGGGGCCUCAGCUCCUUCCCCAGGGAGGAGGAACGGAGAGAGUACUGACAAAGCUAAGGCCCCAAGGAGCUGGCUCAGCCGGGGCUAGCACUGCUGGGCACAGCAAGCUGGACAAGGCUCCAAGGAGCUACUCAGGAGGGGGAGUCAUGGCUUGGCAGGAGGCAGAAUGGGGGCUUGGGCAGCCUGACAGUACACAGGCUGACAGAGUAAAUGCCAACUGUUGUGUUUCCUGUGCACUUCUGCCUGCCCAGGUAUUCUACCAGACCAGCUCUUCCAGCUCCCCUGGCUCAGGGCUGGGCAGUGCCUAGUGUGGUUGGGUGAGGGUGGAGGGUGGGGAUUCAGGGCAGAGGCCUCGUCAGGUCAACCCUGGAGAGAUACAGGCUCAGCAUACAGCAGCACACAUUGCCUAGGUACUCAUGGGGUCGGGGGAAAUCUAAGCUAAGGAAUGGAAGGACAUCAAGGGGAUGAGACAUUCCACCUCAGAACUGUCCAGGACACAGAAGGGCCCUCCUCAACAACAGUGGGCACUUACCUCAUUUCCUCUACACCUGGGUGCCCCAAGUUCAGAGAUAAUGACAGUAUCCAACUAUACCCAUUCCCAGGGUGUCUGACAGGGUGAGAAUGCAGGGCCCAGCCCAGGCUCUGACCCUGCUGGGGCCUCCUCAGGACUCUCCACAACUGCCCUAGACCUCUCCCCCAGGCAAGAGGGGCAAGGAGUUGGGCUAGCCCCGCCCCCCUCAGCCCACCAUCAUCUCCCAGGGCACUGGUGGGCAGAGGCGGACCACAGAUUAAAGGCGGCCAUUUCUCUGGCCCCAGCAGCCUGGGCAGGAGCACUUGACAAAAGCUCAUGGCAGGAUACCUCUGUUUCCCCAGUCAACCCCUGGCACAAGCUCACACAGGCCUGUGUAUACAUACCCACGCUACCACGCCUGUCUGUGGGCCCGCCCCCGGGGCCUAAUUGUAGGUCAGGCCUGGACACACUUUGCUGGAGGAGCAGUGGCAGGUGUUGCUGCUGGAGGCAUCAUGGCUGGGGGUGUGUGGGGCCGGGGCAGGGAAGGCCCUGUGGGGUCCCUGACUCUGACAGCGCUAGCUGAAGGAAUCCGGGCCAGCCAGGACCAGCCUGUGGGACCCCCUCCCCGAGGCCCUCAGGCUGAGCCCCUGAAGCUUGGACCUGAGGAUAAGACCCAUCCCCAAACACCCACCACUGCCUUUGAGGCCCAGCCUGGGACUGAGGUGGCUUCACCCAGAGCUGGCAGUGAACACUGCUAUAGUGUUCAGGAGCCAGCCUCUCAGGUGAGUAUUAAGGGAUGGGGUGCUGGAGCUGGGGAUGGAGACCACCCACAACAAAGUUCUUUUUAGCAAGUUGAGAGGGAUGGGGCAUCUGGAGGACCAGAGAAAAGAGCUGGGAGAGGCUUGGGGACUUGAUAUACUCCACUGUCCCUGCCCUAGGUCCCCCCGGGUUCCUGGGAGGAAGGGACCCUUGCUGACCUCAUGCUGUACACGGCUGCCUGUCUGGAGGAAGCUGGCUUUGCCGGGACCCAGGCUACAGCACUCACGUUGUCCUCAACCCUGGAGGCUUGGGGUCAGCGACUGGAGGACCAGGUGCACAAUCUGGUGCGAGGGCUGCUGGCACAGGUGCCUAGCCUGGCAGAGGGGAGACCUCGGAGGGCCGCCCUACGGGUGCUGAGUGCACUGGCCCUGGAGCAUGCGCAGGACGUGGUGUGUGCGCUGCUACCUCGCUCAAUGCCCCCGGACCGGGUGGUAGCCGAGCUGUGGCGAAGCCUAAGCGGAACCAGCGAGUAA